ACAAUGAAUAUCAUUAGGUGGUAGUUUCUGUAGUAAAGAGAGAAUAUUGAAGGUCGCUAAACCAACCAUAGCUAGCUGGACUGCAUCUUGUGCAGACACCUUGCUCAAAGUAAACGUAAGAUUGGAACCACUGUGAUCGUUGCGAGCUCAAGAACAAACAAAAGUUCAAAGAUAAACUAAGUUGUCAAGUAGACUAGCUACUAAGUAAACACUCCAGGCCUAGCAAUGGCUGUCAACCUACUGAGGAAAUCCUUCAGACUCAAGAGAAACACUGUCCCUCUGCUUGUGCCCAGAGAAGAGGAGCCCAUUGAUUCAAUCGACUUUGCAGAAGCCUUUCUCAAAGUGCAAAAAGAGAUACAAGAUCUCAAGAAUGAGAUAUCACAACAGAGUAAAAAGAACUUCAAAUUGGACAAGGACUUGCGGUUCUUUGAUGCAAGAAUAGCUCUGCUCAUCAAUCACAAGAUCACUGUUGAGGAGCUUGAGAGCAGAGUAUUUGAUGAAGACUGUCCUAUGAUGCUACCAGGUGUAAUGAAGGACCUUCAACAUCCUGAGCUGUAUGGGCGUCUGCUAUUUCUCCUGCAAACCACUCCCGAGUAUAUAGCCAAGCUCAUUCGACUGGUGUCCCUCAAAGAGAUUGACGGGCUACUGCAGAUUGUCAUGUUCACUCUCUAUGGUAACCAGUACGAGGACAGAGAGGAACAUCUCCUACUAUCCAUGUUUGAACAUGCUCUGACGUUUGAAGUGCAAGAGGCUACAGAGAUCAACAGUCUCAUGAGAGCCAACACGGCCAUCACACGGAUGAUGACUCAGUACUGCAGACGUGGCCCUGGUCAAGAGUUUGUGAAGAGUUCUCUUGGUGAGACCAUCAAGAAAUUGGUCAACUACGAUGGCUCCAUGGAGAUUGACCCUCUUAAAAUCUACCAGGAGAUGAUAGAAAAUGAGGAGGUCAAACCGUCUGAAGCAAAUAAUCUGUAUCAAGACGCUGAGGCUCAUCCUAAAGUCCAAGAGCUGAUUCAAAAGCACAUACCAAUCCUACAAGAAUAUGUCCUUUUCAUUCUAAAGCGACUGAAAGAAAUCAUCAACGAAGUUCCCUUUGGCAUCCGGUGGCUAUGCAAGGCCACACGUGCUCUGGUGCAGGAGAAGUUCCCUGAAGCCGAGGUGGACACCAUCAAUGCUUUUGUGGGGGGCUUCUUCUUCCUGCGCUACAUCAACCCCGUCAUCGUUACUCCCCAUGCGUACCGACUGAUUCAGAACCCCCCUCCCAAACAAGCUCGACGCAACCUCACAUUGGUGGUGAAGGUGCUCCAGAAGUUGGCCAACACAUCCAGUGUUAGAGAGAGCUACAUGAUGCCAUUAAAUUCAUUUGUCCAAGCACAUAACGAUGAAUUGAAAUCAUUCCUGGGUGACUUGUGUCAGGUGGACGACUUCCACGAAGCCCUACAACUGGAGGAGUACAUUGCCCUCUGUCGUAAGGACCUUCAGAUCGACAUAGCAGUCAGCGAGAUAUCACUCCUACACACUCAGCUUGGCAAGUACCAGAAUGACAUGAAAGUGUCAGCUGACGAUCCUCUGGGCAAGCUCCUAAAAGACCUUCGUGAGCCAAACGAAGACAACCUGAAGAGCAAGGCUAUGGUCAAACUAGACCUCAUCCAAAUAAGAGAACACUUAGGUCUGUCGGAAGACCUGAUAGAGCUGCCAAUGUUUUCUCCGCGGGGGGUCUCUCUGGACGUCUCAGACGAGAUAGCCACCACCUGGAGACAGUGCAAGCACAUGCUGCUACGACUCUUCGGAAUGUCUCCUCACUGUCUCCAGGAGCCCACCUUGAAUGCAGCUGUGACACUGGCUUUAGCGUCUCCUCUGGACGACAUCAGAUCAAAUGCUGAGCUGGUCAGAGAGCACCUUAAGACGCUCACCAACUUGGGGGGUCUCAAUCAUCAGGGGAGGGAUCUAUUUGAGGAAGUUAAUAAGUGUUUCCCUGACAAGAGCGUGCUCCUAGAGAAGGCUAAGAUAGAGCUCAAAAGUCUCACUAAUGUCCAUGAGGCUAUGCUGGAACACAGUGACUACCUUCAGGACCAGCUGGAUGCCUACAAAGAGUAUCUCGCAGCAGUCAGAACCAAAGUAGGAGAAGUGCAACCUAGUAACAACAUGUUCAGAAAGGCCAGAGGAACAUAUCGAUUCUCGCACCAGGCUCUAGAGAAGGAAGGAGUGAUUCUGGAGACUCCUGGCAUACCCGAGCAAAGAAGAAAGGCCAUCUCCUACCAAAUGAGCUGUCCAGAGCCUGGGAUCUAUCUCCUCUCAAUGCACUACAAAGGACACCAGAAAGCUAUCUACGAGAAGACUCUGCAUCUGGAGGACCUGCUGGAGCUACAACACCUUCGUGACCCUGUGAUAGACAUGGAGGGAUUUGUGAUACUCAACGUACGGAGAACAUUGCUCCUGUUGAAUCGAUACUUUAUGCGACGAGAGGCUGGUCCAAGUCGACCAAUGAGCCGUCACUUCUCUGCCCCAGCUCUCACCCUCAAUGGAACAAAGAACUGAGCAACUGCCCUCAAUAAACAUUACUUACCCGUAUUGUCUCACAAACCGUAUUUCUCUGUGCAUUUUCUUAUGUCUCAAUUCUUUUCAUUCAUCUCCUUUUUUUUAAUAACUUGUAUUCAGUCUCAGACUGCUUAAUAGUUUACACUGUUAAUUUUUAUUGCCAUUAUUUUGCUCGUAUACAGAUUAACUGACAUGAAACUACCUUUAAAGAGCGAUUAUUGCCCUCUUCAUCCCUA